UUGAAGUCACUGCUCCGUAUCAUAGCAGCGGAGGACACUCGGGCAUCAGCAGCGCGCGAGAGAAAGAGCGAGAGUAGAGGAGAGAGAAGACAGUGACUGCAGUUGAACGCUCUCUCUCGACGUUGGAUCGAUGUUGUUGUAAGAGCAUCUGCAACUGGGAAAAAAGGAGUGGGGAAGAGGAGGUAUACACUAACUCACCAAGGAAAGACCUAUGCUUGGAUUUCGGCUCUUUUUUCUUCGCCAAUGCAAAAGGAAAUAUGCAGCGAAGCUUCACCCUCCUGUACACCAGUUUUCUGGGGAUGUGCUUGGGUUCAAGUUUUCCAAGUAACAUCAAUAUAGGGGGACUAUUCCCAACCGAAUCUCACGAAUAUGAGGUGUUUCGGUUCGCGCUCUCGCACCACCAGGAUAUCCCCAAACUGGUGCCGCAGGUGGAUAUGGUCAAGAUGGGCAACAGCUUCUCCAUGACAUAUGCCUUCUGUUCCCAGUUCUCUAAAGGUGUCUAUGCCAUCAUCGGUCUCUACGACAGGAAGACAGUCAACAUGUUGAUGUCGUUCUGCGGAGCGCUGCAUGUGUGUUUCGUCACGCCUUCCUUCCCCAUCGAGACGGCCAACCAGUUUGUGAUCCAGCUGAGACCCGAGCUACAGGACACUCUGGUGGGGGUUAUAGACCACUAUGGAUGGACCAAGUUCGUCUACAUGUACAGCUCAGAUUCUGGCCUGUCAGUGCUGCAAAAGGUCCUGGACACGGCUGCUGAGAGGAGCUGGCUGGUGACGUCUGUCAACGUGGAGACCAUGACGGAGGCCUCGUUCCUCAAGGUGUUCCAAGACCUGGACAAGAGGAAGGAGGGACAGAUCAUCAUCGACUGUGAGACCGGAAGACUCACCUCCAUCCUCAAAAAGAUCGUUGAACAGGGGAAGAACGCUAAGAGUUACCACUACAUCCUGGCCAACCUGGGUUUUCUGGACAUUGACCUAACAGACCUGAGGAAAGGCGGGGCCAACAUCACAGGCUUCCAGCUGGUCAACUACACAGAGCAGAACGUCAGCCGUACCAUUCAGCAGUGGAUGGAGUUCGAAAACAAAGACACCAAGUUCCCCAAGAGACGCCUGAAGUAUACCGGAGCGUUAACAUAUGACGGGGUGAAGGUGAUGUCUACAGCGUUCCAGAACCUUCGGAAACAGAGGAUAGACAUCUCUCGCCGUGGCAACGCAGGCGAAUGCCUAGCCAACCCGCCGGCACCCUGGGGCCAAGGCAUAGAUAUACAGAGAGCCCUGCAACAGGUGCGUAUCGAUGGCCUGACUGGUCAUAUCCAGUUCAAUGAGAAAGGACGCAGGACCAACUUCACCGUCAGUAUCAUGGAGCUAGCCCCCUCUGGACCUAAGAAAGUGGGCUACUGGAACGGGGAAGAGCGGUACGUGAGCACAGCCACCUUCAUGAGAGCCAGCAAUGACAGCAGCUACGGCCUACAGAACAGGACCUACAUAGUUACCACCAUCCUGGAAUCCCCAUACGUGAUGUUGAAAAAGAACCAUGAUCAGCUGUCAGGGAACGAUAAGUACGAGGGUUACAUCGUGGAGCUAGCCGCUGAGAUCGCCAAGCACGUUGGGUACCACUACAAACUGAAGGUGGUCUCUGAUGGGAAGUAUGGAGCCAGAGACCCCGAGACCAAGAUGUGGAACGGCAUGGUCGGAGAGCUUGUGUACGGGAAAGCAGACGUGGCGGUAGCCCCGCUAACCAUCACCCUGGUCCGAGAAGAGGUGAUCGACUUCUCCAAGCCCUUCAUGUCUUUGGGCAUCUCCAUCAUGAUCAAGAAGCCCACCAAGUCUAAACCAGGUGUCUUUUCCUUCCUGGACCCACUGGCCUAUGAGAUCUGGAUGUGUAUCGUGUUUGCCUACAUCGGUGUGAGCGUGGUCCUGUUCCUGGUGAGCCGCUUCAGCCCCUAUGAGUGGCACGCAGAGGACUAUGAGGAGGGGGCUGACCCCCAGACCCCCACCCAGCCGACGGGGCCCGGUGCUGGGCAACAGUCGGGGCUGAGCCCUGGUCAGCAAGGCCAGAACCAGCAGAAUCAGGAACAGACCAACGAGUUUGGCAUCUUCAACUCUCUCUGGUUCUCCCUGGGAGCCUUCAUGCAGCAGGGAUGUGAUAUCUCACCCAGGUCUCUGUCAGGGCGAAUAGUGGGUGGCGUGUGGUGGUUCUUCACCCUCAUCAUCAUCUCAUCCUAUACGGCCAACCUGGCUGCUUUCCUCACGGUGGAGAGGAUGGUUUCCCCCAUAGAGAGUGCUGAGGACCUGGCUAAACAGACUGAGAUCGCCUACGGAACACUGGAUGCUGGUUCCACCAAAGAGUUCUUCAGGCGGUCUAAGAUUGCAGUGUUUGAGAAGAUGUGGUCGUACAUGAAGUCGGCCGACCCCUCAGUGUUUGUGAAGACCACAGACGAGGGAGUGAUGAGGGUCAGGAAGUCUAAAGGGAAGUACGCCUACCUGUUAGAGUCCACCAUGAACGAGUACAUCGAGCAGAGGAAACCCUGUGACACCAUGAAGGUCGGGGGGAACCUGGACUCUAAAGGAUACGGCAUCGCCACGCCCAAGGGCUCCUCCCUCAGGAUCCCGGUAAACCUAGCCGUGUUGAAGCUCAAUGAGCAGGCCGUCUUAGACAAACUAAAGAACAAAUGGUGGUACGAUAAAGGAGAGUGUGGCAGCAACGACUCCGGACGCAAGGAUAAGACGAGUGCGUUGAGCCUGAGCAACGUGGCCGGAGUGUUCUACAUUCUGAUUGGAGGGCUAGGCCUGGCCAUGCUGGUGGCGUUGGUGGAGUUCUGCUACAAGUCGCGAACUGAGUCUCAGAGAAUGAAGCAGAACAUCAAUGACGCCAUGCACUGCUCCACCAUGACCAGAAUGGGCGGGAACGGGAACGGAACGGGAACGGGAACGGGAACGGGGGAGGAGGAGAGAAUGGACGCAUCCUAACUCUCCCCUGCAUGAGCCACACCGCCAGCAUGGGGCUCAGCGCCUCCGGCAUGUGAUCACAUGACCUGUCACAAGGGGCUGAGCAGGAGACUCACGCAUAGACCUUACAAAGAUGGCCACAAUUAUGGUGACAUUGACCUUAUGAACAUGGCCGUCUUUCUGACCCGUUUGUUUGUGUGGUGGCUGCGUGCUGUGUGUCCGAGACAGACUUCAAUACUACUGCCAAAUGCAUUUUGAGAUCACUCACUACGAACAGGGGAAAAAUGUAGAUGGAGUAUAAAAAUUAAAAACAAGAAAAUUAGGCAAAAAGGAGCCAUUGUUGGAACGUGAUGUUUUUUGUUUCUUUUAUUCCGAUUUUUUGAAACUUUCUGUGUAAAAAAAGAGAUAACUAUCCCAUAAAUGCCGCCUGCCCAGCCCUGACCUGACCUUUUCUGCCCUGCCCUGAGCUGACCUUUUCUGCCCUGCCCUGGGCUGACCUUCUCUUCCCUGCCCUGGGCUGACCUUCUCUGCUCUGCCCUGCCCUGAGCUGACCUUCUCUGCCCUGCCCUGAGCUGACCUUCUCUCCCCUGCCCUGAGCUGAUCUUCUCUGCUCUGCCCUGCCCUGAGCUGACCUUCUCUGCCCUGCCCUGAGCUGAUAUUCUCUGCCCUGCCCUGAGCUGACCUUCUCUGUCCUGCCCUGAGCUGACCUUCUCUGCCGUGCCCUGGGAUGACCUUCUCUGCCCUGCCCUCUGACCUGACUUUCUCUGACAUGCCCUCUUCCCUGACAUGUCGUUCUCUUGACUAUUGUCGGUCGGUCUGUCUGUCUGUCUGUCUGUCUGUCUGUCUGUCUGUCUGUCUGUCUGUCUGUCUGUCUGUCUGUCUGUCUGUAAUAUCUCAGUUUGCUACCUACUCUCUCUGACCAUUUACUUAGUGAAGACAGAUCACAAAAUGGGGGUUUAUUUUUGUCUUUCCACAGUUAAAAGACAAUAAUGUUAAUAAUGCUGAUUGAUUAUUAAGAUGAUUUGAUAUUUGUGUGGCUCUGGUUUCUCUCUCGUGUGUUUUUGGACACAGUUACACACGCUAUGUUGGAAAGGCAUCAUGAACUGGAACACAAGCAUAUCAAGCACCACUGCAGUCUUAUAAUACAGACAUGAAUAAUCAUGCACAGAGCUCAGUCAUCGCUGGCCUCCCUGAACCAUCUGCUGACAGUCAUUCACACAGAGAUUGAUCCCUGAAUAGGUUUUGAUUUAAUUUGUCCUGAUCGCACAGGUGAAAGACGUUUAAAUUGAUGCUUAACUAGCUGUGUCGUGUUCUCCUCAACAAACAUGCUUUGCUGCUACACCUCACUGAACACACCAUGCCACUGAACACACCAUGCCACUAAACACACCAUGCCACUGAACACACCAUGCCACUGAACACACCAUGCCACUGAACACACCAUGCCACUGAACACACCAUGCCACUGAACACACCAUGCCACUGAACACACCAUGCCAAUAAACACACCAUGCCAAUAAACACACCAUGCCACUAAACACACAUAUACACACACACACACACACACACACACACACACACACACACACACACUGUCGCUUUAUCAAACUACCUAGAAUGAUUGGUGUGGCUAGAUUUGGAAGAGAGGAAGUAUUGACUGACAUGGUCAGAACUUGACAAAGUGCCACAGAUUAACACCAUUGAUUUAUUCAGUGGCUCCACUGUAUUAUUUUGUAGAGAGAGAGUAGCCAUUUUGGAACACAGCCUAGCUGACAGACGAAGGGAGCGUGACUUACACACCCAUGCUUGAUUUACACGUGCACAGUCAAUCAGCCGUUGGAAACCAUGGAAACGGUGGUUAACACCACAGCAAGCCAUCUUGUUUCUCUCUCUCUCUCUUUCUCAGUAGUUUGUUAUUUUAUGAUGGAGGUUGUUCAGUAUCGUUUGAUGUUUAGGUCAUUGUACGUGUUGCUGUAGCCUAUAGGGCUGGCAGCAGAGAAAAGCCUCGUUAGGAUAUUGGAAUCAGAGUCAGAGACAGUCUGCCUACGGCUACAAAGGGAACAUUUGCUAGCUACACUCUCCAACUCUGCUCUGGCUCUAUUUGUGUGGGUAUCUGCCAUAAAGAGAGCGUUCAACACUGACGCAACUGUGUCAGACUGUUUUUCUGCCAUAGCCAUAGUGUAGGAUGCAGUGCUAUACAUGGAACAACCUUUCACUCUUGAACAUGUUUGACAGUGAAGACAGAUACUGGGCAGAGAUAGACUGCUUACAUCAAAUAUACUGUAUCUCAUCUCUCCAUCCACUAUGUAUAUAAAAUAGUUGAUUCUCCUGCAGUGAAACCUGUUUCUUUCCUUCUCUGACCCAAUCAGCCAUCUGUACCUGACUCUGAAGCUUCUAUUCUUUCUCUCUUUCUUCUCCUUUAUUUCGUUGGUGUUGUAUUGACGAAGGCACAGCACAACGUGAGUCCUUGGCGGACGGUUUGUCUCGGAGAAGGAUAUGUUUUAUAUGCCCUAACAGAUUUUUAAAAAGAGAGUUUGAGAGCUGCAAAAAAUUGUCUUUGAAAAAGUGUAGAAAAACCAGAUGUAGAAUAAUGUGUAGACAAUAAUGUUUUAACCAAUUAAAAGUAAAACUUAAAUCAAUAUUAAUUUGAUUUAAUUUACAUUUGAAUAAAAGGGAUGUUCAAGUUGGAGUUUUUUAGGUGUUUAAGAUUGACUUUUCUUCUUCAUUUCUUCUUUUUUUCAAAGUAUUUUAAUACAAGGAUAUAAAGUGAUUAUUUAGUUUGUUCACCUGAAAACCUCACAGUAUAGUUGUUUUUCUAUACAUCACUACUGAAAGAUGUUGCUGAAUAAAACACAAAAUACAUGGAGAUCAUUCAUGAAUAAAAAAAAGACAGAAAUAAACUUUUGAGAAAUAAACAUUUUCUAACCAAAGUGUCUCUGAAGAAAGUCAUCAUGCUUUUUGUAACAGAAUAAAGGAAUAAACUAUG